AUGAAGCUGAUCAUCGCCUUGAUCCUCUGCUUGCCCUUGAGCGUUGCGGCCGGUGUGGAUUCGAAAGAGAACGUCACCAAGCAAUGGCUCGAUAUUCAGUCUCGGCUGGAGACCACACUCGCAGAACAUUCUAAAAAUGUUUUCCGUCUCAUCGGACCUGCUCUCAUGGAGAUGGAUAUUGAUCCCCGGUGCUUGGGCAGCAUCAAUCGCCUACAGGGAGGAAUUCGGAACCUGGAAGUACAGUACUACAGGCUCAUAGACGCGUCUGGGAAACUAUCUUCCGGAAUCAUUCACGGCACUAUGGCGGAUUUCGGUAACUUCGAAGAAUGCCUCGAUACGGUUGUGCGCAAAGAUGACGGAGAUUUCUAUUUCCGGGGGCAAUACUGCCUGGCUGAAAUGCGUCUCCCGCUGCCCGAGAGACCAACAACCUUGCUCGCCAGCGGGGAAGGUGUCAUCGAUCCGGGAAGUUUCCGAAGUGGCUCUCUAUUCGAGCAUUUUGCGACCGAGAGUCUAGCAUUGUAUUGGCUAUCUUUCCGACAGGGACUUUGCGUCCCUUCGACGUGCUCUGAAUCCGACGUCAACACAAUCUAUGGGAAAUUCACCGAAACGCUAAUGCUGAAUGGCACGGUUUUUGCCUGUCAGCAGAGAGAGGACAGCAAAUCGCUCAGCAGAGCCCAAUGGAUUACCAUUUGCUGCUUAACCCUCGUCUCGUCCAUGGCGGCGUUCGUGAGCCUCGCGAACCUUUUUUGUUCAACGACCGAUCGACCAUCUCCAGCGAUCUUAGCACCCUUCCAAGCAUUAGCCAUCGAACACACUCUGGGAAAGCUAUUCUCGUCAGAACAAAGGAGCAGGAACCUCGGUUUCAUCCAUGGAUUGAGGAUAUGCAGUCUUUUCUGGAUCAUCAUGAGCCAUUCGUACGCCUAUCUGGAGAUGAACUCCCUUGCGAAUGCCGUGCAUGUGCAGAAAGCCCUGCGGAGUUGGCUCUUCCAGCCGAUUUCGAAUGGAUGGUUGGUCGUCGACUCGUUCUUCUGCCUGAGUGGUUUCCUCGUAACAUACCACAUGGCUGAUACGAAAGCUUCUUGGUCGUCGAUUCCCCUGAAAUACGUCCUUCGGUAUUGGAGACUCGUCCCCUUGGCGAUCGCGGUUCUCAGUUAUCAAUUUCUCUUCGAAAUAUUUUUCGAAGGUCCUCUGAUGCCUUUACUCAACGAUCCAAUGACGAGAGACUGCGCUCAGAACUGGUGGCGCAUUCUCGUCGCGGAUUACGAUUUGAGGGACGAAUCAUCCUGUCUACCUCACUUCUGGUACGUCGGCGUGGAUCUGAAGCUAUUCGCUAUACAAGUCCCCCUGUCCAUGCUUAUAUGGAAGAAACCUAGGAUGGGAAUCUUUUUUCACGGAAUGGCUAUAGGGCUACCACCCAUAAUUCCACUGGGCCAAGACCGACCACUCGCUAUCGAGGUAGCCCGUACAGUCUACUUCCACUGGUGUACACACCUGGCGAGUUAUACUAUUGGGUCACUCGCAGCCUUCCUUGCGGUGUCGCACAACAAGAGCCUGGGGAAUAGAGUCAGUUUGCCAUCUAGAAUCAUGUACUGGAUUUUUGCGACUUUCGCGGGUGUUGCUGCUGUUUUUUCGGCGCGAUUCUGGAUUCUGUCAAAACCCGGUAUCUUAUGGAGCGUCAUCUACGCCAGUCUACAACGGAUCUUAUGGAGUGCAAAUAUCGGAUGGAUCAUGUUCGCCUGCGAAGCCGGGUACGCCAACGCGCUGAACAAGUUACUCAGUAUUCGUCAAUGGGUCCCUUUGUCACGAAUCUCCUACGCGGUAUAUCUGUGCCAUGCUUACGUGCUGUACAUGAACAACCGAGCCACUCAUGAACGCAAGGAGGCGUCGCACUACUCAAUCCUUCGCGACGCUUGUGCGGUCUUGAUCUUUUCAAGCCUUUUGGCGUUGUUCACCACGGUUUUCAUCGAAGCACCCAUAAUUGCGAUCCAGAAGGCAAUGAUGCGGAAAUUGCUGCCCCGUAGGGCACCGCGAAAGGAAAACCAUGUCUUGGAGCCCGUCAAGGACAUCAAAGUCGACGUCGAUCGUCUGUGA